AUGAAUGAAAGAAAACAUUACGAUAGCGAAGGAGGGGAAAGGGUGUCUGUUGGUUACUUAGGUAAAAAGAGUAAUCCAAUUAAAUGUAGAUUUUUUAAGAAUGGAAAUUGUCUCUCUGGCAGUAAUUGUAAAUUUUCGCAUGACAUAACACCAUCAGACACAAUUUCAACACCGCCAAUAACUCAAAAAAUCAACAUAAAAAGUUCAGAAACCUUAAAACAAAAUAAUAAUAAUAACUACCAACCACCACAAUAUUAUACUCAGUCACAAACACAACAAAACCCAGUUCUUAUAACAACCAAUAUCAACACAAAUACAACCACCUCAACAAAUACAGUAGUAACAUCUCCAUUACAACAAUACUCUAAAAAAUCAAUAGAAAUUUCAUCAUCUGAUAAUAAUUCCUCUUCUAUAAAAAAUAAUAUAAUUGAAAUCAGUAGCACCAAUAAUAAUAAUAAUAAUAAUAAUAAUAAUAAUAAUAAUAAUAAUAAUAAUAAUAAUAAUAAUAGUAAAAUUAAUAGCCAAGAGAAUACACCAAUAGUUUCAAAAGGAUUCGUUAUUCCAAUUGAAAACAUUAUUCACUCAUCUCCAUCAUUGACAUCGUCCACAGGUUUACCUUCCCCAAAGAAUGGUUUCAAUUCAAGUAAUGAUUUUAUGAAUAAUAAUUUGAAUGGAAAUAAUAGCAAUAAUAAUAAUAAUAAUAAUAAUAAUAAUAAUAAUAAUAAUAAUAAUAAUAAUAAUAAUAAUAAUAAUAAUAAUAAUAAUAAUAAUAAUAAUAAUAAUAAUAAUAAUAAUAGUAAUAAAGCAUAUAGCCUCUUAGAUGAAGGUUUUAAUAGGGAAUCUAUACCAAAUUCAACUUUUAUAAAAAACUAUAAUAAUAAUAAUACAAAUAAUUUACAAAACCCAUACCAAAUUGGAACAACACCAAUUCAAUUUAUUAAUGGAAAUAAUAGCAAUAAUAAUAAUAAUAAUAAUAGUAAUAGUAGUAAUGGUUUAAAUAUAGUUAAUAAUAAUAAUAAUAAUAAUAAUAAUAAUAAUAAUAAUAAUAAUAAUAAUAAUAAUAAUAGUGGUAUAGGAAUGGUUGCACCAAGAUCUCCAUUAUUAGGACAACAAUCGAUGGCACUUUCUCCAACUAGAUUCACAAAUUCAUUAUCAUUUUUACCAAAUUCACCAAGAAAUCCAAUUAGUGGUUCGCCAUCAUCACCUUUUAGUCCUCAAUUUAUGCAUAAUGGUAAUGGUAAUGGAAAUGGUAAUGGUAGCGGUAACGGUGGCAGUGGUGGUGGUGGUGGAAUACUCUCAUCAUCACCAUCACCAUUUUUUGUAGCACCUGUAGGAUUUAAUAGCACAGGAUCAGGUGAUGACGAUCUUCUCAAUAGUGUUGAUAAUUUCGGUGAAGACGAUGAUGAGGAUGAUGAUGAAGAUUAUGAACAGUUAGGUUACAAUCAUGACCCAAGUGGUCUCAUCAUUAUUGACGAUAACUAUGACGAUAGUGUUUUAGAUCCAUUUGAAUAUACAGAUAUGAAAAAUCGUCUCUAUCAAGAACAAGAAGAGAAAUUAAAACAACAAGCCUUAAAACAACAAGAAAAUGAUAGAUUAUUUAAACAACAAUUAGAACAAGAACAAAAACAAACACAAAAACAACAACAAACUGAAAAUAAUAAAAAUAAUGAUAAUAAUAAUAAUAAUACCGAAAAUAAUGAUAAUAAUAAUAAUGAUAAUAAUAAUAAUAAUAAUAAUAAUAAAGAUAAUGAUAUUAAUAACGAUAAUGAUAUUAAUAAUUGUGAAGUUACUAAUACAAAUGAAAUUAUUGAAAAAAACAAUAAUGAACUUAUAAAUAAUAAUAAUAACGCUUUAGAGGAUACUGUAAAUAGACAAAUAAUACAAAAUAAUACUACAUCAACAUCAACUACUACAACCACCACCACCACCACCACUACAACAGGAGCAGGAAUAGGAACAGGUAUAGGAAUAGGAACAUCAGAGAUAACAAUGAAUCAACCAUUAUCAUAUUUAGAUGCAUUAAAAUUAAAUUUACCACCAGAUUAUUAUAUAUCCUAUGAACAAGGUAAUUCAAAUACUAAUUAUAAUCAACGUAAUGGUAAUAUUGGUGGUAGUAGAAAUGAGGUACUUUGCCACUUUCAUAUUCAAAGUAUUUGUAAACAUCGUGCAGAAGAUUGUAAAUAUAUACAUGGUUUAGAAUGUCAAGUUUGUGGUAAAUGUAUGUUGGUACCUGGUAAUGCUGAGCAGAAUGAGGCUCAUAUCACCGAUUGUUUGAUUCAACAAGAGAAAUUCAUUCAACGUGAACAAAUGAAACAUUUGGAGUGUGGUAUCUGUUAUGACUCAAUCGUUGAAAAGGGUCGUAGAUUUGGUUUACUCUCUCAUUGUGAUCAUGUUUUCUGUUUGGAUUGCAUUAGAAUGUGGAGAGGUACCAAUAAUGGUGCACCAACCAACAAUAACAAUGCCGUUAGAUUAUGUCCACUCUGUAGAUUCAAUUCUCAUUUCAUCAUUCCUGCUGAUAUCUUUGUAUCUGAUGAAAAAAAAGAAGAAAUCAUUGAAAUCUAUAAACUCAAAUUAGCCACAAUACCUUGCAAAUACUUCAACAAAGGUAAAGGAACUUGUAAAUUUGGUUCAAGUUGUAUGUACGCUCAUUUAAAUCCUGAUGGUACUGUCUUUAAACCAUUGGUUAGAAAGGUACAAAUGAAAUUGGGUAUGUUCUUCCCUCAAAAUUUUAAUAAUUUAACAACUACCAGCAACAAUAAUAAUAAUAUUAUUAAUAAUAAUAAUAACAAUCAUAAUAGCAAUAACUCCUCAAAUAAUUUUCAUUAUGGUGAUUAUUAUGAAUCUGAUGAUGACGAUGAUAUUGAUAGUCAUUUUGCAACUAAAGAAGGUUUUGAAGAUGGUGUUUAUGAAGAUGAUGAAGAAUAA